ACUUCCGGGUGCGCGUUCCCGAGGUGCGCGGUGCGGUCUCCCGGUACCCGGAGCGGCUCUGAUUCACGUAGAGACGGGGUUUCACCGUGUUAGCCAGAAUGGUCUCAAUCUCCUGACCUCAUGAUCCACCCGCCUCGGCCUCCCAAAGUGCUGGGAUUACAGGCGUGAGCCACCGCACCGGGCCCCCUAGGGAUUUUCAGGUAUGGACUGAGUGUGAAGCAUUUUAGCACAAGUUGGGUCUUGCUGUGUCACCCAGGCUGGAGUUCAGUAGUGCAGUCACAACUGCAGGUCACUGCAGCCUCGACCUCCUGAGCUUAAGUGAUCCUUCCACCUCAGCUUCCCAAGUAGCUGGGACCACAGGUGCGUGCCACCACACCUGGCUAAUCUUCAUAUUUUUUGUGGAGACAGGGUUUCACCAUGUUGGCCAGGCUGGUCUCGAACUCCUGACCUCAAGUGAUCCGCCCGCCUCGGCCUCUCAAAGUGCUGGGAUUACAGAUGUGAGCCACUGCACCUGGCACUUCAAUUUGUUUUGUUUUUAUUUUUUUGAGAGAGAGUCUUGCUCUGUCACCCAGGCUGGAGUGCAGUGGCGUGAUCUCGGCUCAUUGCAACCUCUGCCUCCCGUGUUCAGGUGAUUCUUGUGUGCCUCAGCCUCCCAAAUAGCUGAGAUUACAGGUGCAUGCCACUAUGCCUGGCUAAUUUUUGUAUUUUUAGUAGAGACAGGAUUUUACCAUGUUGGCCAGGCGGGUCUCGAGUCCAGGCCUGCCUCGGACUCCCAGAGUGCUGGGAUUACAGGCAUGAGCCACUGCACCCGACCUCAGUUAUUUUUAAUGUACUAGUUAAUUACACCCUUUGAGCAUGACUCAGGUCAUACUGACAGGCCCAGUCAUUUGACUAGUGAAUUUUCCUUUUUUUUUUUGAGACGGAGUCUCACUCUGUCGCCCAGGCUGGAGUGCAGUGGCGCGAUUUCGGCUCACUGCAAGCUCCACCUCCCGGGUUCACGCCAUUCUCCUGCCUCAGCCUCCCAAGUAGCUGGGACUACAGGCGCCCGCCACCACACCUGGCUAAUUUUUUGUAUUUUUAGUAGAGAUGGGGUUUCACCGUGUUAGCCAGGAUGGUCUCAAUCUCCUGACCUCGUGAUCUGCCCACCUCAGCACCUCCCAAAGUGCUGGGAUUACAGACGUGAGCCACCAUGCCUGGCCUUAACUAGUGAAUUUUCAUUGCUCAAGCUAAAUGUCUUAGGUUUAAACAGAUGGCAUCUAGCCAGUAGAUAGCUUGAUAAAAUCUCAGAAACUAUAAUAUCUAUAGUGGUGAGAUUCUGAACUAGUUUUGGAGCAAAGUUAAUUUUAAAAUUGUGCCACAUUGCACUUUUUAGGAAAGUGGAGACCACUGAAAUCAAAGUAGGAUAUCCUGAGCUGAUUGCAGAAAGAUUUUUUUUUUUAGAAAUGGAAUCUCUCUCUGUUGCCCAGGCUGGAAUGCAGUGGCACAGACUUGGCUCAUUGUAUCCUCUGCCUCCUGGGUUCAAGCAAUUCUCCUGCCUCAGCCUCCCAAGUAGCUGGGAUUACAGGCGUCCACCACCACGCCUUGCUAAUUUUGUAUUUUUAGUAGAGAGAGGGUUUCACCAUGUUGGCCAGGCUGGUCUCAAACUCCUGACCUCAGGUGAUCCACCCAUCUCGGCCUCCCAAAGUGCAGGAAUUACAGGCAUGAGCCACUGUACCCAGCUCAUUCCAGAAAGAUUUUGAGCAGUUGUUUUUAUAUGGUAGUUUUAUGGUGGACAUAAUUUCCACAAUUUCUUGUGCUAAAGGUAUGGCUGCAAAGACCCAAAAACACUUUUCAGUUUGAUUAUUUUUUGGUAACUGUAUUUUCUUAGGUUUAACGUGUGGCCCUAAAGAACUGGAAACCCAAAGGAACCAAUAUUCCUGCCCCAACAGAGUCCCAUCUUUAGUGAGGCUGUUUCUGGAGUUUAUAUGAUGACCAAGGUACUAGGUAUGGCCCCAGCUCUGGGCCCUAGGCCUCCACAGGAGCAGGUGGGGCCUCUGAUGGUAAAAGUCGAGGAGAAAGAAGAGAAAGGCAAGUACCUUCCUAGCCUGGAGAUGUUCCGCCAGCGCUUCAGGCAGUUUGGGUACCAUGAUACCCCUGGACCUCGAGAGGCCCUGAGCCAACUCCGGGUGCUCUGCUGUGAGUGGCUGAGGCCCGAGAUCCACACCAAGGAGCAGAUCCUGGAGCUACUGGUGCUGGAGCAGUUCCUGACCAUCCUGCCCCAGGAGCUCCAGGCCUGGGUGCAGGAGCAUUGCCCGGAGAGCGCUGAAGAGGCUGUCACUCUCCUCGAAGAUCUGGAGCGGGAACUGGAUGAGCCAGGACACCAGGUCUCAGCUUCUCCAAAUGAACAGAAACCGGUGUGGGAGAAGAUAUCCUCCUCGGGAACUGCAAAGGAAUCCCCGAGCAGCGUGCAGCCACAGCCCUUGGAGACCAGUCACAAAUACGAGUCUUGGGGGCCCCUGUACAUCCAAGAGUCUGGUGAGGAGCAGGAGUUCGCUCAAGAUCCGAGAAAGGUCCAAGAUUGCAGAUUAAGUACCCAGCACCAGGAAUCAGCAGAUGAGCAGAAAGGUUCUGAAGCAGAGGGGCUCAAAGGGGAUAUAAUUUCUGUGAUUAUCGCCAAUAAACCUGAGGCCAGGUUAGAGGGGCAGUGCGCAAACCUUGAAGAUGAAAAAGGAACAAAACCCCCUCUUCAAGAGUCAGGCUCCAAGAAAGGUAGAGAAUCACUUCCUACUAAACCUACCCCAGGAGAGAGACGUUACAUAUGUGCUGAAUGUGGCAAAGCCUUCAGUAAUAGCUCAAAUCUCACCAAACACAGGAGAACACACACUGGGGAGAAACCUUACGUGUGCACCAAGUGUGGGAAAGCUUUCAGCCACAGCUCAAACCUCACCCUCCACUACAGAACACACUUGGUGGACCGGCCCUAUGACUGUAAGUGUGGAAAAGCUUUUGGGCAGAGCUCAGACCUUCUUAAACAUCAGAGAAUGCACACAGAAGAGGCGCCAUAUCAGUGCAAAGAUUGUGGCAAGGCUUUCAGCGGGAAAGGCAGCCUCAUUCGUCACUAUCGGAUCCACACUGGGGAGAAGCCUUACCAGUGUAACGAAUGUGGGAAGAGCUUCAGUCAGCACGCGGGCCUCAGCUCCCACCAGAGACUCCACACUGGAGAGAAGCCAUAUAAGUGUAAGGAGUGUGGGAAAGCCUUCAACCACAGCUCCAACUUCAAUAAACACCACAGAAUCCACACCGGGGAAAAGCCCUACUGGUGUCAUCACUGUGGAAAGACCUUCUGUAGCAAGUCCAAUCUUUCCAAACAUCAGCGAGUCCACACUGGAGAGGGAGAAGCAUCGUAACUUUCAAGUGCUCCUGUUGUUGUCGUCGUUUUAAACUUUAGAAUCUGAACACCAGGAAGAAGUCUUGUCAUUGCAGCAGCAUCGAUUCCGGUGAUAGAGUUUGUAUCACUCAACAUCGGGAUGCCUGAGGAGUGCGAGCUCCACAGCAACACGGCAGGCAGGAGGUCCUCAGAAGGUGUCAGGAGGUUCCACACUCUCCAGUUCACUGGAGCAGAGUCCUUUCCCCACACUUAGGGUGCCAGUAAGCCAUGCCAGCAUUACCUUUUGCGUAGUUAAACUGACGUGUAUCCAGUCUAGUUAAGGAAGAAACAUUAAGACUGUUCAAUUUUUAACAUAUAUUCAAGAAUUUUAAUUUGUAAAGAAUUGAGCCACAUUGAACACAAUUGAAUGAGAUUGAGAAUAAACUUAUAACAUCUUGUAA